AUGUAUUUUAUUCAUGUCGUACUCAUUCUCUAUAUAUCCAUUUCAAUCUCUUCCUAUCUAUCUAUCUAUCUAUCUAUCUAUCUAUCUAUCUAUCUGUCUGUCUGUCUGUCUAUCAAUUUAUUUCUGUUCUUUAUCUAUCUAUCUAUCUAUCUAUCUAUCUAUCUAUCUAUCUAUCUAUCUUUGUUCUUUAACUAUCUAUCUAUCGACCGAUCGAUGUCUGUUCUUUAUCUAUCUAUCUGUCUGUCUAUCAAUUUAUUUCUGUUCUUUAUCUAUCUAUCUAUCUAUCUAUCUAUCUAUCUAUCUAUCUUUCUGUCUAUUUAUCUCUGUUCUUUAUCUAUCUAUCGAUCUGACUGUCUGUCUCUCUGUCUAUCAAUUUAUUUCUGUUCUUUAUCUAUCUAUCAUUCUAUCUAUCUAUCUAUCUAUCUAUCUAUCUAUCUAUCUAUCUAUCUAUUUCUGUUCUCUAUCUAUCUAUCUAUCUAUCGACCGAUCGAUCUCUGUUAUCUAUCUAUCUAUCUAUCUAUCUAUCUAUCUAUCUAUCUAUCCCUUUUUGUGCAUGUGGUGUGUGUGACGUCAUCAACAUCCAAUUCUUUCCUUUCUCCCCCCUUUUAUCGACAUUCACUUCUGUAA